AUGUCCACCUACGACGUCCCCGCCCGCCCCCAGAAUGUCGGUAUCCUCGGCAUGGAGAUGUACAUCCCCAAGAGGUGCAUCUCUGAGGAUGCCCUCGAGGACUUUGACGGUGCUGCCAAGGGGGAGGACAUCAACUCUGUCGCUUUGACUGUCGUGUCUUCGCUCCUGAAAAAGUACAACGUGGACCCCAAGUCUAUCGGCCGCCUCGACGUCGGUACCGAGACCCUCAUCGACAAGUCCAAGUCCACCAAGACCCUCCUCAUGGAGCUCUUUGCCCCCUCCGGCAACACCGACAUUGAGGGUAUCGACUCCAAGAACGCCUGUUACGGUUCUACCGCCGCGCUUUUCAACGCCGUCAACUGGAUCCAGAGUGAGAGCUGGGAUGGCAGGAAUGCGAUCGUCAUGUGCGGUGACAUUGCCAUUUACAAGGAGGGCAGCGCUAGGCCUGUUGGUGGUAUGGGUGCUUGUGCUUUGUUGAUCGGUCCUGAUGCGCCUUUGGUGCUUGAGCCCGUCCACGGUACUUACAUGGCCAACACCUGGGACUUCUACAAGCCCGACCUUUCCGCUGAAUACCCCACUGUUGACGGUCCCUGGACCAUCGCCGCCUACCUCGGCGCCCUCGACAACUCUUACUCUACCUACGUUGAGAAGGUCGCUGCUUCCAAGGCCCGAGCCGCCAAGAAGGCUGGUGUCGCCCUCAACGGCGAUGCCAAGGACGAGGGUAUCUCCCAGUUCGACUAUGUGUGCUUGCACUCUCCUUACGGCAAGCUCGUGCAGAAGGGCCACGCCCGUUUGCACUACAACGACUACCUCCGAGGUGUCACCAGCGAUGCUUUCGCCAACAUCCCCGAAGACGUCAAGUCCCAGGACAAGACCAAGACUUACACCGACAAGGUGGUCGAGAAGGCCUUUAUCGCUGCCGGUGCUUCCCACUACAAGUCUGCCGUUGUCCCCGGUUCCGACUGUGUCGCCCGAUGCGGCAAUAUGUACACUGCCUCCCUCUACGGUGCCUUGUCCAGUGUCAUCGCCAACAACCCCGAGGGUAUCGAGGUCGGCAAGAGGAUUGGUCUUUACGCUUUCGGUUCUGGGUGUGCUGCCUCUUUCUUUGCCAUCAGGGUCGCUGGCUCCACCAAGAACAUUGCUGAGAAGCUCAACUUGAAGGAGAGACUGGAGUCUAUGGAUGUCAGGCCUUGCCAGGAAUACGUUGACGCGCUUAUGCUCCGUGAGGAGAACCACAACGCCGUCAAGUACUCUCCCCAGGGUUCCAUCGACAACAUCUGGCCUGGUGCCUAUUAUCUCGAGGGUGUCGACGACCUGUACCGAAGGACUUACCUCCAGAAGGCCGAGUAG